AUGUCCAAGGCUGAGCUGUUGAGGAAGAGUCACAGUGGAGAGAGGGAUCUGUCCGAGGCUGAGCUGUUGAGGAAGGGUCACAGUGGAGAGAGGGACCUGUCCAAGACUGAGCUGUUGAGGAAGAGUCACAGUGGACAGAGGGACCUGUCCAAGGCUGAGCUGUUGAGGAAGAGUCACAGUGGACAGAGGGACCUGUCCAAGGCUGAGCUGUUGAGGAAGAGUCACAGUGGACAGAGGGACCUGUCCAAGGCUGAGCUGUUGAGGAAGAGUCACAGUGGAGAGAGGGAUCUGUCCAAGGCUGAGCUGUUGAGGAAGAGUCACAGUGGACAGAGGGACCUGUCCAAGACUGAGCUGUUGAGGAAGAGUCACAGUGGAGAGAGGGAUCUGUCCAAGGCUGAGCUGUUGAGGAAGAGUCACAGUGGACAGAGGGACCUGUCCAAGGCUGAGCUGUUGAGGAAGAGUCACAGUGGAGAGAGGGACCUGUCCGAGGCUGAGCUGUUGAGGAAGAGUCACAGUGGAGAGAGGGACCUGUCCAAGGCUGAGCUGUUGAGGAAGAGUCACAGUGGACAGAGGGACCUGUCCAAGGCUGAGCUGUUGAGGAAGAGUCACAGUGGAGAGAGGGACCUGUCCAAGGCUGAGCUGUUGAGGAAGAGUCACAGUGGACAGAGGGACCUGUCCAAGGCUGAGCUGUUGAGGAAGAGUCACAGUGGACAGAGGGACCUGUCCAAGGCUGAGCUGUUGAGGAAGAGUCACAGUGGAGAGAGGGAUCUGUCCAAGGCUGAGCUGUUGAGGAAGAGUCACAGUGGAGAGAGGGAUCUGUCCGAGGCUGAGCUGUUGAGGAAGAGUCACAGUGGAGAGAGGGAUCUGUCCGAGGCUGAGCUGUUGAGGAAGAGUCACAGUGGAGAGAGGGACCUGUCCGAGACUGAGCUGUUGAGGAAGAGUCACAGUGGAGAGAGGGAUCUGUCCAAGGCUGAGCUGUUGAGGAAGAGUCACAGUGGACAGAGGGACCUGUCCAAGACUGAGCUGUUGAGGAAGAGUCACAGUGGACAGAGGGACCUGUCCAAGGCUGAGCUGUUGAGGAAGAGUCACAGUGGACAGAGGGACCUGUCCAAGGCUGAGCUGUUGAGGAAGAGUCACAGUGGACAGAGGGACCUGUCCAAGACUAGGGACCUGUCCAAGGCUGAGCUGUUGAGGAAGAGUCACAGUGGAGAGAGGGACCUGUCCGAGGCUGAGCUGUUGAGGAAGAGUCACAGUGGAGAGAGGGAUCUGUCCGAGGCUGAGCUGUUGAGGAAGAGUCACAGUGGAGAGAGGGAUCUGUCCGAGGCUGAGCUGUUGAGGAAGAGUCACAGUGGAGAGAGGGAUCUGUCCAAGACUGAGCUGUUGAGGAAGAGUCACAGUGGACAGAGGGACCUGUCCAAGACUGAGCUGUUGAGGAAGAGUCACAGUGGAGAGAGGGACCUGUCCAAGACUGAGCUGUUGAGGAAGAGUCACAGUGGACAGAGGGACCUGUCCAAGGCUGAGCUGUUGAGGAAGAGUCACAGUGGACAGAGGGACCUGUCCAAGGCUGAGCUGUUGAGGAAGAGUCACAGUGGACAGAGGGACCUGUCCAAGGCUGAGCUGUUGAGGAAGAGUCACAGUGGAGAGAGGGACCUGUCCAAGGCUGAGCUGUUGAGGAAGAGUCACAGUGGACAGAGGGACCUGUCCAAGACUGAGCUGUUGAGGAAGAGUCACAGUGGACAGAGGGACCUGUCCAAGGCUGAGCUGUUGAGGAAGAGUCACAGUGGACAGAGGGACCUGUCCAAGGCUGAGCUGUUGAGGAAGAGUCACAGUGGAGAGAGGGACCUGUCCAAGGCUGAGCUGUUGAGGAAGAGUCACAGUGGACAGAGGGACCUGUCCAAGACUGAGCUGUUGAGGAAGAGUCACAGUGGACAGAGGGACCUGUCCAAGGCUGAGCUGUUGAGGAAGAGUCACAGUGGACAGAGGGACCUGUCCAAGGCUGAGCUGUUGAGGAAGGGUCACAGUGGAGAGAGGGACCUGUCCAAGGCUGAGCUGUUGAGGAAGAGUCACAGUGGACAGAGGGACCUGUCCAAGGCUGAGCUGUUGAGGAAGGGUCACAGUGGAGAGAGGGACCUGUCCAAGGCUGAGCUGUUGAGGAAGAGUCACAGUGGACAGAGGGACCUGUCCAAGGCUGAGCUGUUGAGGAAGAGUCACAGUGGAUAG